GCGAAGCAUCGGAGCUUUGAGAAUCAGCAGAAAAUAAAUGAACAAGACAAUAAGCAGGACCAUCUCAGUGUUUUUGCAUCGAUUAACCCACUUGCUUCAAGUAUCACUUCCAGUCUGGCCUCCAGUGUUGGAUCAGACAGUUCAUCUCCUACAGCUGUCUCUGCUAUCAGUGCCAAAGCUCUCCCAUUCUAUUCCAGCAGUAACACAGUUGAAUCCAUCAUAGGUUCUGCUUUAGAUUUGCAUUUUAAUGAUGUGAAUGUCACAUCUGUAGAUAGAGAAUUAGAAGAUCAAGAAGGCAGUGACCUUGGAUUAGCAAGUCCAAGAUUACUGGGAAGUUCAGCACCUGUCAAUAUUCCAGGUUCUCUCGUUCGUUCCUCAUCUUUACAUUCAUCAUCAUCCCUUUCAACCUCUCCACUCAGUUCUCUUUCACAAUCACUGUCUCAGUCUUUUGUUUCAUCCACGACGGCUCCUCACCACCAGCAGCCUCUGAAGGCAGAACAUAGUAUGUUAGGCACCUCAGCCUCUUCUCACAACUCUUUGGGUUUAAAUGGUGUUACAGGGAGCAUUUGGGACUUUGUAACUGGGAGUUUCUCUCCUAGUCCAUCCUCAGUACUAAGCAGUGGCACGAUCCCCUCAGUAAGUUCAAGCAGCAGUGGGAACGAGCUAACUCGAGUGAGGCAGGAACUUGAUGAUGCCAAGAGAAAACUAAAACAAUGGGAAGAAUCUUGGCAGCAAAUAAAACAGGCUUGUGAUGCGUGGCAGAAAGAGGCACAGGAGGCAAAAGAACGUGCUGACAUGGCAGAUGCUGACAGACAACUUGCUCUUCAGAAGAAAGAGGAAGUGGAAAAUACAUUUAAAAAGCUGAAGGUGCAAUUAGCUGCUUGUCUAUCUACUACAUUGCCAUAUAUGAAAAACUAUGGAGAUAUUGAAAAGAUAUCCUUGCCAAAGCUCCGUUCCCUACAGAAUCGGCUGCACGUAGAUCUAGAUACAAUAGAUGAGGUAAUUUUUCAGCUUCAGUCAAAGAAGUGUCUUGUUUGUCAGGAAGGUGAUUGUAGCAUUCUCCUGAACCCGUGUCAACAUUAUGUACUUUGUGAUCCCUGUGCAGCUGCACAAGAAGAAUGUCCCUGCUGCAAGAAGAAGAAAAGUCUGUG